AUGGAGGCAUUGGCCAUACAGCCCCAGGUAGCAGCCCUGCUAUUUCGGAAAUCCUUCCUAUGGAGUCUUCUAUUUUCACUGACCCUGACUUUCAUUUGCUAUGUCUUCUACUUUACCAUAAUCUAUCCAGCCUGGUUCAGCCCGCUUCGACAUCUGCCCAAACCUCGCGGCGCAACCCCGAUCCUUGGCCACGCCCUGGCCGAGUUCAAGAUGCCCCGAGGAAACGAAUACCUCCGCUUCAUGAACGAGACCACCAACGCCGGGAUCAUCCACCUGCACGGCGCUUUCGGCGCAGACCAACUACUGCUGACCAAUCCAGCGGCUCUGAACGAAGUCCUGGUGAAACAACCAUACGAUUUCGAGUGGCCAGAAGGCGACCGCAAUUUCCUCCGGAGGAUCCUAGGUCGCGGGCUGAUCACUGCAGUAGGGCAUGCCCAUAAGCACCAGCGGAAACAGAUUGCGCAGAGUUUUGGAGUGAAGGAUAUUAAGAGCCUUUAUCCCCUCUUCUGGGAAAGAUCCAGGGAUCUUGUGACGAAGAUCGCUGAAGAACUCUCCCAGCAGAGAUCAACAACGGGCGGAUCUUCUGAUGUCUGUGGAGAGGUCGAUGUGGGUGGCUGGGCACAGAGGGUGACGUUGGAUGUCGUGGGCGAGGCGCUGUUCGGGUGGAAAUUCAACACGCUCGAGAACCCGGACCACGAGUUCGCCCACAGCUUCGAGCAGAUCUUCGAGCCUACGAUUGAGAAUGCGUUGUUGUUCGCGGUCAGUGUUUAUGCGCCCCCGUGGGCGCUGGAUUAUAUCCCAGGGGGCGUUUCGGAAAGGUUCCUAGCUGCCACUGGCAAAGUCCGAGAUGUGUGCAGGGCUUUUAUUAGGGCCAAGUCGACAGAUGAUAACGCGCCGAAGGAUCUUCUGUCGCAGCUCAUGACACAAGAGGGCAUGUGCGAGGACUUGCUUGUUGAUCAGACUUUGACGUUACUUACAGCGGGGCACGAGACAGUAGCCAUUGCAUUCACUUGGGCCAUAUAUCUGCUGGCCAAACACCCGGACAUACAAAGCCAGCUUCGACGAGAGCUCCGCAGCAACUUACCGCAUCAUACCACGGUGGUCGAUGGAGAUCAUCUCCCAUCUACCCUAGAAUCGUUACCCAUUCUGAAUGGAGUCGUCAAUGAAACUCUCCGCUUAUACCCCUCCGCGCCGGUCGCUGUCCGUGUUUCUGUUCGCGAUACGUGCAUUCUGCGGAAUUACGUUCCGGAGGGGACUCGCAUUAUCGUCUCGCCAUGGGCUGUGAACAGGUCUGUGGAUCUCUGGGGGCCACAGGCUGAGAUGUUUAUGCCAACUCGCUGGAUCGACCCGCCUGAGAGCCGUAACGUCGCAGAGGGAGUGGAAGCGAAAGCAAGACCGCCUCUCCUGACUUUCUUGCAUGGUCCUCGGAAUUGUCUUGGACAGGGUUUUGCAAAGGCAGAGCUUCUGUCACUGCUGGCUGUUUUCACGCGGAGCUUUGAAGUAUCUAUGAUAGAUCCCGGUGAUGCGAAAGUUCCUGGUGGUGCGCUGAGUGCGAAGCCGGCUGGUGGGAUGAGAUUGCGGCUAAAGGUUGUUGAAGAGACUAUUUGCGUGGAGGAUAAAUGUCUGUAG